AUGACGGCAGUGAGACGUAAAUUUACCUGUGUUGAUGUUGACUUUGGUGAAGAUGAAACGCGCAAUUUUGGCAGGAGAAAUGAGUUUAGUGCCCCAACAUCUUUGUACGAAAUUCAUACAAUUGCCACAAUUACGGAAGAAGAAAACGAUGAAAACUUAUCACCGGAAACUGAAGAAACAGCGGUCGAGUACAAAAACCCAUUCGUGAGGUGUUGUAAUACCGAUGAGUUUAUCGCUGUGGCGGAACUGUCCGAGAAGAAGUUUUGUGGAAAGACUGCAUUUUCAAUUAAACCUUGCUGUAGUGACUAUUAUAUAAGUGUAGUCAAUGGUCAAACUUGCUACACUGUUUGCUUACUAGACCUUCAGAAUGCUUUGGCAGUGUACAAUGAGCCGAAAGAGACAAAAGGGAUUUUAGAACAACUGCAAAAAACCCGUGUUGAUAUUGUGCAAUUUGAUGAUUCUCUAAUAUCGGACCUAACAAUUCUACCUUUAAUGUCUUCUAAUCUUCUGCUACCUGGUAAAUCAAAUGAAAAUAUUUUGUUGACUGAAAUCGGAGGUUCAAAAAAGUUGAUUUCCCAUCUUCCACUAGAAGGUCAUUGCGGUUUUGUACGAGCGAGAGAGUGCAGCACUUCCGGGCUUCUGCUUCUUUUAGCUGAGGAUGGCACUUUUUUUAUUCUCGAUCUUAUAACAUGUGUCAUUGUGGUUGAAAAGAAAAUUCUUCCUUCAGAAUUUCGUCCUAUUGAUUUCGUUAUCAUUGACUGCGAACUCGCUGAAUUGUCUGCAUCCACAAAAGUAGCCUUCCUGGUUGAGCACGAGAAUACAGUACAACUGCAAGUUCGUCAUUUUGGUGAUGGUGGAUUACUGUAUUCUGUGGUUGUUAACAACAAUUCAUUGCUUCUUAACACUUCUUCGAAGGAAGACGGGACUGUUUUUCUAACAGAGUUUGUGGAUUCUAAACAAAGAACUGACGCUUCGAUUCGCCUUCGUUCUGUCUCUGAAUGCCAACCAGAUAUGCGGUUGCAGAGAAUGUUAAUCAGAUGUCAGUUUGACGAAGCAGAGCAGUUAGCAAAUCUUUUUGGUCUUGACUUGCAGAAAGUUUACGUUGCUCGGGCAAAUUAUUUGCUGUCUUGUUUGGACUCCGACGUAGAGGACCAAGGAUUGUUUGAUGCAUUUAUUGCCUGCCUUGAUAAAAUAGAAGACAACAAUUGGGUUGGAGAAAGUUGUACGGCUGGUGCUACACUGUGUAGAUCUUUCAAUUGGAUUGUAUCUAUACUGCGGUACGCCGAAACGAGGAAUAUAACAGAUCCGGAAACUAAAGAAAGUUUAUGUCGAUUGCGGUAUAAUUUGUCGACUUACCGUAUGUUGUUUGGUCCUGAAAAAGCCUCAUUUGAUCGUGAAUCAGCAUGGAAUGAUUUUGUGAGCGAUGACAAUUGGAAAGAGCUUUUCCUUAGUUUUUGCAAAGAAGGUUGUGGUACUGAAGCAAGGUUAUUGUGGAAUCGGUAUAAUUGUGUUUUAAAACCAUGGAUGCAGGACAGUUUUGCUGCAUUUUCUUCGUUUGUGGACAUCUUGACUAGCAAGGAAAAAUAUCCUGUCGAACUGUUUGAACUUGCUGAACACGAAUUACUUCCUGUAGCGCUUUACGCCCAUCCAAACGAACUUUCGGAAACUUUUUUUGAUUGGAUACUGUCAUUUGGCAAUAAACUGGAGGUUCUACACCCCAUAGAAUUCCCCGAGAAUGCACUGGACGUUUGUUCAAUAAUGGAGCGUACUGCGAAUGCUAUGAUAGCAAGCGCUAUUACUCCGUUACAACAGGCUCAACUUGCGCAUAGUUUGGCAGUGAUUCAUAUCGAUUCUGAAAAUGAAGAAUAUCCGAUGGGCCGAUUAAAUGUUUACGUUAAAGAUCUAAGGGAAAUGGUUAAACUUAAGAAGAAAUAUGAAUGCUGUUUAAGCCAUAAGCUUUAUAAGGAACAAACGAAGGAAAGUAUAUGCCACCUUAUUCUCAGUCGUGCAAAAAAUGUGCAGCUUGUUAGUCCAAAUAUAAAACAGUUUGCCGUACCAUAUAUGGAGGAGUACAGACUCGAUGUGGAUCAAACGCUCUUCAAUUACAUACUGGAAUUAUCAAGAAUCUCAUCUGAUGUUGCUGCAAAUCUCAACUAUUGGGACGGCAGAUGCUUAGCAGUAGCAGAGAAUAUUGGGUCUCGUGCUCUCCGUUGUAGGGCGGUGAUCAGUAUAGCUAAACGAGCACAUCCUCCAUGGGUUCAGCAGUUACGAGAUACCGUAGAUUUGAUGAUGAAUGAUGCGAACGUGGAUUCAUCAUUGAAAGUUGAACUACGGAAACUGUGUGACUUAGCGCAACUUGGGCAAGUUUUAAUACCUUAUUCUAUCCCAUUCUCUUGUGUUGAAGCUUUAAUCUCAGGAUCACGAUACGUAACUUCACUGAUUAGUUUUAUGUUACGGCAAGAGCAAGUGGAGCGAAAUUUAGAAAAAAGAACCAUUGAUUCGCUGAAGGUUGUCCAAAUAGUGGAGAAAUUGAAACCGGGCAUCUUGAGUAAAGAAGUCUGCCUUUUACAGUGCUGCAAUUACAUAAUCAGUACAUUUGAAGAAAAGGAUAUGUUUUGCACGCUCAAUCGCUUCAUUAAUGCAUUGAAUGAAAGCGAUCGAAAGGAAGUGGUUGAAAGAUUAGUUAUGAACGUACUGGAUAAAUUGGAUGAUGCAGCUGACAUCCUCACUCUGGAAGAGCAACAUUUACGGAUGGUGAGAAUCAACGCUGCAUUGUGUGUUCUCAGCCGUUUUUCAAACGAGGUACUGGAGUUUGCUGAACUUUUGACUAUUCAUCCUGAGCGUGCCUGUGUUAUUGCCGUGAAUUGUUGUGUUGACCAAAAAGAAAGUCUUCUGGCUAUUUAUUACGCAAAGAGUGGUCUACGUGGUUCCAUAAAAGUCGGGAAAGAGUUGUUGGAUGCUAGUAUGCUAUGUUACAUGUUUGGACUUUGGAACCUGCACGAUCUAGCCGUCAACAAUUGUUUGGAUGACCUCCUUGUCUUGGCAGAAGCGCUUACAGAUCUUACUCCUUUACUGGUUGAAGCAGUCGGUUUUAAAGUAGUUCUACAUUAUCCUCUACUGAUUGUUGCUACAUACAUAAACUUGUUCCUACUUGUUCUCGAGCAGUGUAAAAUUAGUGAUGGCGAGAAAGUGACAUCCGCGGGACGAGUAAGGUCUAUCGUCAUUGAGCAGAAUACCGAGAAGAGUGAAAUUUACGGGAUGAACCAUCGCCUCGGUAUUUAUCGCCCCAGUUCAGAUGGCGCAAUUUUUGAAAAAGGAGAUGCUGUACGUGCAGUAGCCUUUGUCGCUCGCUCGGUUUUGGAGCAGGGGUCGAAAUCAUCCAAUGAACUUGCCGAGUUUUAUGAAGAAAUGCGAAACAAUUGGGAUUCACUUUUUAGUUUCCUCAGUUUGAAUAAUCAGCCGUUUUUAGAACUCUGUUGCAGGUCUUUCUCAACUUUCCUGCCGUGUUUUAAAGACCAAGUGAGCAUUCAAUUUGAUAUGAUGAGCAACAGUCUGCGAACUUUAAGCGAACGAGUAUUACUUCAGUAUCCGUCGGAUUUAUGUCUCGUUUCUUCUGCUUUGUUCACUGUCACAUUAGAAACUGCUAAAAAGACUUUAUUGGACUUAAGAAACUGGGCCAAAAGUCGGAAAACACCGCAGCUUAUGCUGAAUCUGAUUCGCGUAUCUCGGUUUAUUUGCAUUCUUUAUGGGGACCGCUCAGCUAUUGAGCAAAUGACACAAUAUUAUAUAAUCUGUAUUUGGACGAGACGUAUGGGAAAACUGAAGGCGUCAAUGCCAAAUGACUUAGCAAUCAAAUCUGUUGUGCAGGAAUUUGUAAAGGCUCAGGUUCCAGUUAAUGAACUUCUUGAUUUUUGCUCUGAUUUUGGUCUUGAUAAGUGCGAAGCGGUGCUACAGUACGCACUCAGGACGGCCGAAUUAUGCUCUAUACAAAAAGAUGAUAAUAUUGCAGAGGAGAUGUUCAGACUUGCGUCAAAUGCAUUCCAGAUAUUAACAGUGACAGAGGAUAUUUUUCUGCGUCUCUAUGAUAGCCUGAUGUUGCUGUGCUCGUAUAAUUACCGGGUUAUUCAACUCUAUAUUACGGAGAUGAAAAAGCGAGUUAAAGAAGACGAAGAAUGUCAAAUUAUGCUGAUCCAACGUCUUUGUACUCUGUAUAGCUUUUUGACAGUAACACAACGGGUCAAUGCUCCAACCGAAAGUGAAUUACGAUGGUACCAGGAGAGACAGAAGUGCAUAGAGCAAAAAGAGCUGCUUGCUGCCAGUACUUUCUUCACUACUGUGGAAUCUGCUUCGACCACUCUGAACUGCACAGGUGUCGUAGGGACGGGAGAUAGUGAACCUUUUGCUGAAGGUUUAUAUGAGAAACCAAGUAUUGUGCUAUCUUCUUUGCCACCUCUUUCUCGGUCGCGAUUGCCUUUCCACGUCUUUUUGUUUGAGGAUGAGAAGGACAUAAAAAAUAUACUGCUUCCUAUCAUUAAUGCAGAGCUAACUCUCUUCACUGUUAACUCUUGGCAACGGCUUGCGCGUUCCUUGCCUCAUUUAUCUCUAUCAAGGUCUCGUUUGCUCUCUGGCACAGUUAUGGUUGUUAUUAAGAGGCACAUCCAAAACGGAACUACUAUUACGGAUGACGAAAUCAGUUCAAUUCAGACUCUUUUGUACAAUACAUCUAAUCAGAUGGCAAUUGUUGCUGACCUUUCUCAAGGUUUCAAAAGUAUUCCUCUAUGUGAAACGAAAAUACGGUUGCUAGAAAUUGGCAUAAACAUAUCGGAGAUGUGGUUGCAGUCGUCUGAACUCCAACAUCCCUUGAGUGAUGAUGCGCGCAGCUACGUAGAGUGUUGGUUGAAAAAGCUAAUUCCUUCCCUGAAAUUAUUCAAAACAGAAUAUCUACUGCAGAAAGCUAGUCUUUUAAAAAGGGAAACGGUCGAUAUGGUUAAAUCUGCUGAACAACUUGUUGUCUAUAUAUAUUCGAAUGAAAUUAAUUGGUCUGAUAGUAGAGAUAAGGAGGAAAAAUUGGAUUUGAUCAAUAAGAUUGCUGAAAUUCAUAGCCUAGAUUUAGUCACUAUUCAAGCGAAGGUUCUUGAGGCAUGGCUGCCUGGUAGUAGUUCGGAAAAGCUGAACUUUGAUUUAAACGACACCGAUGGCGAGGUUGCUAUGAAAGAAGUUGAUGAGAACGAAGGAGUGCUCAGGCUUCCAUACCUAGACAUUUCUUUAACGAGCGGCUCCAUUGAAAGGCUACUGUAUGGUCGUUUAAUAGAAGUUUCUGGAAUUGAUUUACAUUUGAAAACUUUCUUGGACAAAGACAAGCCUGCGUUAGUACGGUCACUGCUUUCUAGCAAUUAUCGCCAGACGAGUCAGUUGGCGUAUCUAGUAUCGUGUAUGGUGGUCGAUUAUCGAGUUUAUGAUCGGUCAGUAGUUGAAGUUCUGUUAGGAAGAUUACACGCUAGCAGAAAUCGAGAGAUGUUGAUUGGGUUGCUGAGAUUCUGUCGUGACCAUAAAGAUUUAACGACAGUCCGCAACUUGGCUCACCUUUGGGCUCGUACUGCUGACUGGAUGGCUUGUGAUAUAGAUUUGUCAUCACCAGCAGCCAAGGCCUUAAUACAUAAAUUCCUAAAUUUUUGCCUCAGUUGCCCUGUUGAAGGUGGUAGGGCUUUUGGCACUUUGUUCACUACGAUCGAUGGUCUGCAAUUGCCUUUGAGCAGCCAGCUGAUUAGAGUUGCAGCAUCAGCCACUUCGCCAUGCAUUCAAAAAACACAGCUUGGUAAUGGCAAAUCUGCCUUGGACAUUUGUUUGGAGUGGGAAAAGUCAGAGUAG